CAUAAUUCUCUCCUUGCUCCUCUCUGUGUCACUAUCUGGCGGAUCACAGGCUCUCUAUCACGGAUAUAAUGUAUUGCUUACAUUGCCAAUUACUAUAUGCCUUUGGCAUGGGUGCUGUUUGUUAAGGCCUAAAAUUUGGCCAUGGCCAAGGCUAUUUCAUUCUUUUAAGAACUGGAAGACAUUCAGCCGAUAGAACUGAAGCUAUGUUUCCCAUCACAAAGCCGCAGCGACGACAAAAGAGGCAACUGCCCAACAACUCAAAUGGUUAGUAAAAACUGAGAUCUAUCCAGAAGCAAGGGUCAACAUGGUUUUCAAACUGUGUUCCACUUCCAAGAACCCUGGAGUUCCCAGAAAACUAAACAAGGACUUCUCAAGAUAAAGUUGGUCAUGACAGGGAAGUGAAAAGGCAGCUUACCAUCCUCAGCUUACAAUUUCCCUGUGAUGCACACUGUUGGGUAUGUCCCAGGGUACAAACAGGUGGAACAAUAAUGAGGCCCAAGAGGUCAGGUCAAUGCCCCAUGUGAAGGCAGUGUGCACACCUUAGAAGAGGGAUGGGGAACCUGUUUCGGUUUGAGGGCUACAUUUCCUGCAGUGCAGCCUUCUGGAUGGGGGGCACAUACCAGUGGCAUGUGUGGCCAGAGGCAAAAGUAGCCAAAGCAAUGUAUGGACAUGUUACAGUAAGCCAGUUUCUACACUCCCCUUUCUCCUUCCAUCUAGGCAAGUAAGAGGCAUUAGCUGAGUUCAAGGACAUAGUCCAGCCAGCAGAAAAAACACCUGAGGAGCAUACAAAGCAGGACCGGUGAAAGGUGUGGCUAGGGAGAGGGCCAGAUAUUCAAGCCCCGAGGGCCGCAUUUGGCCCUGGGCCUGAAGUUGCCCACUCUUGCCUUAGAACAAGCCCCCCAAAAAUUUGCAGUGCAAAGAGCUUGCAGUAUUUGUUUAGGAGUUUCUUCAGUGGAAAAUGGAAUAGUCUGUGUAUUCUCUCAAGCUUCAAAGCCAGGGACCUCUCAGAAGAUAUGUAAGUAUGUAUUUUUUCAUCCUGAGGGAGAAAAUCAGUUUUUGUACUGUUCCCACAGGGACGACGUCUGGACAUCAGAAAUUAUUUCUGACAUGCAUGCUGAAGCUUUUCCGGGGAAACAAGUUGUAACAGUGCCUGGAGGCUCCCACCGGUUUAGUAGUAGUCCCACUGUGCAUCUGGGGUGUCCCAGUGCCUUUUUUGGGGUGCAGUAGAGUCAUUGUUGCCCUCAUGACCUGUUUGUGGAGAUGUGUGUGCUUUGUGGUUGGUUGUGGGGAGAGACGUUGCCAUGGUACCUAAGGUUGCCAUGGCACCCUACUAGGCUGUGGCAAGGCACCCAACUGGUGAGAGCAGUUGGCAUGGCAACCUCGGGGGGGGGGGGACUGGCAUCAGGCUUCCUCCUCCCCAUGCUGCACCGGGAGGUGGGGCAGAAAUGGCCCACCAAAGGCUCCUUUAUGGGGCGGGUACCGUACGCAGCCCCAGCUCUGAUGGUGGCCACGUCAGUGGAGAACAUGGUGGUGCUCAUGCCCCCUGCCAGGGUAUGGCGGAGCAGGCGUUACUAAGUCGCCAUGGGGAGGAGAGAGGGAUGCUCCACGUUUGCCGCGAGGAGCCCUCCCUCCUAGGAAGCUGGUUGCCAUGGCGCCGCCUUAGGCGAGGAUGCGGUUGCCAUGGCAGCCAAGCGGGAGGAGGCGGAGGCAGCGGGGUACCGAGGCGCCACCCUCGCGACCUCCGUCCGCCAGGGGCCGCUGCGGAAACACAGAGAACAGCAGCCGCCGAAAACCAAACCAGAGCGGUCGACACUCUGUCCUCUGACGCUUGUCGCUCGGUGGUUCCUGGGUAAGUCUCCGCUUUACUGCGGCUACGCUCCUUCCGCUCGCGGUGCGGUAGGCUAUGGGGACUCGUUGGUAGUGCCUGACGUCACUCACCCUCUCCUCCUCCUCCUCCUCUUUCUUCGGCGGAAACAUGGCGGCGGCCUCCGCGGAGUGAGUUGUGGAGGCGGGCUGCUGUUCUUCCCCCGUCAGGGGAGGCCUGGGUGGGAAGCGGCGAGGCGGGACCUCUCCCUGCUCGACCCUUCCGUCGCACCCGCGGAAGCCCGAGUGUGGGGGCGGGAAGGGUUGGCUGGGAGGGGAGACUUCGCGCUGCUCCCCUCGCCCCUCGCCGUGGCUUCGGGUCCGCACCUGCCCAAAAUAGCAAGGAAGUUGAAACGUUCAGUGACUACCCGGGGAAGCAGCACCUAGAAAUCCCUUUGAAAGACCAUCUUUGAGCAAUUUAGCCAGUAUCGUGUCGAGGGUGCCCCCUUUUAAAACAAUUCAUAAAUAAAUCUGAUGGUUGAAAGCUCCCAGAAGUCACACAGCUACCCGUGGAGAGGAGGAGGAUGCCCACUGUCUCUGUUCAGGCUUGGCUGUCCUCAGCCCGUGUUUCCUUCGAACCAGCAUCUGCUGCUUGCCCAUGUCUGCUUCACAAUAUAGAGAUGCACAGAACUGCCCAUCCUUAGAGGAGACUGCCUGUUGCAUCUCUGCAGGAGUUGCUUUGCUAGGUUUUGCCUUCCUUUCCUCCUUCCAAGCUUUUGGCGGGCCCGGAACAGUGACUUUUUGUAGGAACCAAGGUGGGUUGAGUGUCAUUGCAGGUGGCUGAUUACCUAGGAAGGUGCCUUAUACUGAAUCAAACCAUUGGUUCGCCAAGGUUGCAGACAGAUCUUGCCAAACCUAUUUUCAGAUGUGAGUGUUUGAGUCUGGGACUCUGAAUUCAAAGUAUGUGCACUGCCACGGUGCUAUGGCUAUUUUCAUAAAUGCUACACACACACACAUUUAGUUCUACCAAGGCACACUUUUCUGUCAGAUCUUUGGGGAACACUAGAUAAGAGUAUUUGGACUUGGACCCAGGUGACCAGGAUUUAAAUCCCCACUGAACUCUGAAUCUGGCUGGGUGACCUUGGGCCACUCACUGGACUCAGCCUAAUCCUUUCCCUAGUGGUCAAUGCAAAGAUAAAGUUGUAAAAGAGGGAGCCCUGAACUCUGAAAAGCAUUGGAAACCCAUGCUUCUGCAGUUUUGCUGUCAUCUCUAACCUCAGCAUCUCUUGUAUGGCACCAUGAAGAUAUUUUUUGAUAAAGCUUGCUUCUAGUAUAAUAUGUUAGAAUGAUUGUAAUUUGGUUCUGUGCUGUUGUUGUUUCUAGAGUACUUUUUGUUGUAUAAUAGGCAUUCAUUUUCAUGAUACAUUCAUGUCACUCCAGAGAAUCUUCAUGUUUCAUUUCAGCUCAUAUUUCCUGAGACACUGUUUUAACAGAUAUAGCUGCCUAGCUGUUCUGUUGGGCCAGAUCAUCUGUUACUUUACUGCAAGAGUGCAUAGAAAUAUUGAAGUGGGAAGAAGUUUUCUUAGUCACCAAUUCCUUCUUGCAAAAUUUUAAAUGUAACAAAUGUAUUAUUACAAUUCUGGCUUUCCCACAAAGAAUAAGGCAAUGCUCAGUUCUCAAACGUGUUUUGUUAAAGCCCAGGUAUCCUCUUCAGGCCUUGUAUAUUGCAUACAUGUAAACAGCUGUUGGCCAGUGGGUAGGCAGACAUUCCUUUGGUACUCAAUACAAAGAACUGGGCAGAACAUUGAUGGGGAACUUUGAGAUGUAGCUACAAAUCCCAUUAUCCCAGACCAUUUGCUGUGCUUGCUGGGACUGAUGGGAGUUGGAGUCCAGCAACAUCUCAAGAGCCAUAGGUUUUCCAUCCAUGGGACAGAGUGUUGUGCCACCUUUAAGCUAACAGGUGUGUUGUUGCAUAAGCUUUCAUGGGCCUGAGUCCUACCUCACCCCAUUUGACAUACUAGAUGUAGCAAAAGUAUUUGUUAUUGUUAUAUGAGCCGUGAUACAUUUAUUCUUAAAGAGAUGCUGUGUGUGAAUCUAACACUGACUUCUGUUUCCUUUGAUCUCUCUACAAUUUUAUUCUCACAGCAACCACACCCUUCUUUUCUUGGGCAGCAUGAUAUGCCUUUUGACUCUGCCAGAUUCUAGCCACCCUGGGACUUUUUCCACUUGAAGAUAUUAUGGAUCAUGAGGCCCCAACUAUCAGGCCUCGUCGGAUCCAGAACCAGAACGUCAUCUACCGUCUAGAACGUCGAAGGAUCACCUCUGGCAAGACUGGCACCCACUGGCACCAGGUGCGCAUCUUCCACCAAAAUGUCUUCCCCAAUUUUACCGUGGUCAAUGUUGAAAAACCACCCUGCUUCUUACGGAAGUUCUCCCCUGAUGGAAGGUACUUCAUUGCCUUCUCCUCAGAUCAGACUUCACUGGAGAUCUAUGAGUAUCAAGGGUGCCAGGCAGCAGAGGACCUCCUCCAGGGCUACGAUGGGGAGAUCUUGGCUAACGGCAAUGACCAGCGGUCCAUCAACAUCCGUGGGCGACUCUUUGAACGUUUCUUUGUCCUCCUUCACAUUACCAACGUGGCCUCUAAUGGCGAGCACUUGAACCGUGAAUGUAGCUUGUUCACAGAUGAUUGUCGCUAUGUCAUUGUUGGCUCUGCUGCCUAUUUGCCUGAGGAGCCCCACCCUCCCUUUUUUGAGGUUUACCGCAACAGUGAAUCAGUGACACCUAACCCCCGGUCACCUUUGGAAGAUUACUCUUUGCACAUCAUAGACCUUCACACAGGCAGGCUUUGUGAUACCAGGACGUUCAAAUGUGAUAAAGUCAUAUUGUCCCACAACCAAGGGCUCUACCUAUAUAAAAAUAUCCUGGCCAUUCUGUCUGUACAGCAGCAAACCAUCCAUGUAUUUCAGGUAACACCUGAGGGCACCUUUAUUGAUGUACGAACCAUAGGCCGCUUUUGCUAUGAAGAUGACCUCCUCACACUCUCUGCUGUCUAUCCAGAGGUUCAGCGGGAUUCUCAGACAGGCAUGGCGAACCCAUACAAAGAACCGUUCAUAAAUUCUCUGAAGCACAGGCUGCUGGUCUACUUGUGGCGAAGGGCAGAACAGGAUGGGAGUGCUAUAGCUAAAAGGAGGUUCUUCCAGUAUUUUGACCAGCUGAGGCAGCUGCGCAUGUGGAAGAUGCAGCUCUUGGAUGAGAACCAUCUCUUCAUCAAAUACACAAGUGAAGACGUGGUCACGUUACGGGUGACAGACCCUUCACAGGUAUGGAGCUCGCCUUUGUGGGAGCUAUUCUGGCAGGAUAUUGAAACUCUGAUAUUGUUCUUAGAAAUCCUGUCGACCAGGCUGUCCGUCAGCAUGCUGUUUCGAGUUUUUGUGUGUGAGUAACAAGGAGAGAGACGCGGGUGGCGCUGUGGGUUAAACCACAGAGCCUAGGACUUGCCGAUCAGAAGGUUGGCGGUUCGAAUCCCCAUGACGGGGUGAGCUCCCGUUGCUCGGUCCCUGCUCCUGCCAACCUAGCAGUUUGAAAACAUGUCAAAGUGCAAGUAGAUAAAUGGGUACCGCUCCGGCAGGAAGGUAAACGGCGUUUCCGUGCACUGCUCUGGUUCUCCAGAAGAGGCUUAGUCAUGCUGGCCACAUGACCCGGAAGCUGUUCACCGGCUCCCUCAGCCAAUAAAGCGAGAUGAGCCCCGCAACUCCAGAGUCGGCCAUGACUGGACCUAAUGGACCCCUUUACCUUUACCUAACAAGGAGAGAGCUCCUGGAUCAGGUUGAGGGUCAUUCUAUUCCACCACCCUCUUUCCAAUAGUAGCUGGCAAGAUGCUUCUGGAAAGCAUCCAGGGACAAAGGCAAUAGCCCUCCCAUGUUGCUUAUCCCUCCAGCCGCUGUAUUUUAUAUAGUCAAGUUCCUAGUCAGGUUCCUAACCCUUAGAACCAGUCCAGGAUAUUUGAAAUAAAAAUGACAUUUCUCCUUCCUUCAGUUACAAGAAUUUAAAUUAAAGUUGUCAUUUAACCUGCACUCAAUAUAAUUCAUAUUCCUGGAGCCCUGUUCCUAUUGCACCUCUUCACUUUGCUUCAGUGGCAGUGUUGUGUGUUUGUGUAUUUAUAUUUACCAUUGUGUCCCUGAACGCUCAUUGAACAAAGGUUUUAGAAACAUAUAAACUUGAAUCCUAUAUGGACCAAGUGCUACUGUUUGGCUGCUGGAACAAAAGGAAAUAGUGUCCUCAAAUGUAAAUUUCACUAGUCUCUGAAAAGGGGAAAAACCUGCAAUCGUAUAUAUUAUUUAAUGAAAACAUUUGUAGCUGCUUUUCAGCCAAAAAGGCUACCUAUAAAAAUGUGGCUUCUCAUUGCAACCACUCAGCUGGGGAGCCUAUGUUGUAGCAUUCUGAUGGUGACUCUUUCACAACUGUCUCUUAUGAAAUCUGCAGCAGCUUCCUUUCCAAAAUGGAGCAAGAGCCCUGUACUAUUAAACAGAGUGGGAAACAGCUGAAGAAAGGAGGCAUGCAUGUUCAUCCUGCUGGGUUGGGCUGUUUUUAGUUUCUUUCUUUUCUUUCCUGUUUGUGAUGUUGAUUGGUGUAGAAAGGUUAAAAUUUUGAUUCCCCCCCCUUGCUCCUUUAUUAUUAUUACUUUAAAUCACCCCAGCCAAUUGUGAGUCAUGCCUCUCCUUCCAUUAGGCAAGAUUGAUGGCCUGUUACUUUGAUUCAUCUGGAGCUCUCUUUUCCCUUCCCAGCCAAGCCAAGAAUGGGUUGAAACAGUGCUUCACAGAAACAUACAAAGCUACUUAUGCCAAGUCUGACGAUUGGCCCAUCUAACUCAGUAUUAUCUACACUGACUGGCAGAGGCUGGUUUCUAGCAGGAGUCUCUACCAGUUCUACCUGGUGAGGCUGGGGAAUGAACCUUGGACCUUCUGUAUGCAAAGCCACUGAAUUACAGUCCUUCCUGGCUACUCCAGUCUUUGCUGCCUGUUGGAAUAGUUGCACGAGGGUCCUUUUUCCAUUUCCAAGCACAAAUCAAAGUGCUGGAGCUUGUGUUUCAAGCCCGACACGACCUGGGACCCAGGUGUCCGGGAAUGGGGUCUGUUCCCCCACAUCAACCUGCUCAGCACUGAUACUUUCUUCAUACCCUCACCCAUGCACAAUGAGCGAUGAGGGAUACAACAUGAAACAGAACUGCAGUAGGUUGCAAAGUGGAAAGAUGUCAGUGGAGCUAAGAAACUCUUAUUAGCUGCAAGUCAAAUGGCAGCAUUAAUGUUCUAAUAUAGGGCAUGAUCUGAGGGCACAUGGGGCCGCCACCUUGCAGAAGCUAUUCAGGUCUGGGUUUGUUCAGUGGUGGGUGCAUGAGCACCUGGGAGCCACAUGUAUGCUGCCUUGGGUCCCACGAUGGAUGGAAGGUGGGGUAUAAAUGUAAGAAAAAAAACACAGAACAGAAUUGCACUAUGUGGUUGUUUGCCACUGAGACUUAAUACUUUUUAAAAAAAAUAAUAUCUUGGGGUCCCCACCAUCCCUGACCAUUGGUUAAGCUGGCUGGGCAUGAUUUGAUUUGGAAGAUAGCAGCAUCUGGGGACCUAAGGUUGAGGAACACUGUCUUCUUGUCAACCUAACAUCUGGUAGGCUGGGCCAUGGCUGGGGUUUCUCAGGGCCUUGUGGCACCCCACUUGUGCAAUUCAUUUUCCAGGGAGGCUGGCUUAGCACCAGCACUGUUCUCUCUUUAAUCUCUGGUGGGUUUAAACUCCUGCAUAAAUUGUUUUAAAGUGCUGCCUUUAACAGUUGCUUCAUUGAUUACCAUGAUUCUAUCAUUUUACGAUCUGUUAUAGGGGCUUAGGAGUUUAGGUUCAUUAGUCAUUAGUUUGGUUGUGACUCACUCAGUUGUGCAAUGGGUCCCAGCAGAUAGACCACAAUUUUAUUUUAUUUUCUACUGAAGUGUUUUUAAGAGACAGGGAGAGGAGAAGGGCAGCGAGUGAGAGAGGAAGAAGAAAAGUGGACACAGGGAACCAUGGACAUUGAAAGUAGGCCUGUGUUGCAGGUUAGACUUAAAAAUGGGUCAGGGGAUUGAAAAGGUUGAUCUUUGUGCUGGUUGAUCAAUUUGGGUUGUUAUCUUGCAGUCAGUCACCUUGCUCUUCAGUCGCUAAAUUUGACCGUUGAGUCCAUUGAUUGACCUUUUCAGAUAAAUGACUGGUGUAAGAGUUUCCAUGAAUGACAACCAUACAGUCUGAUUUUGUCCACCUUUACCUGGAAGUAAGUGCUAUGCAGCUUGCUCCCUGGUAAAGUGUGCGUAGGCCUGCAAGAUGAAUGCAAGUUAGUAGUGUGGCAAUGGGUCACAAAAGGCCCACAGUUCUUUGUAUACAAAUGUUUCUCUUAGGAAGAGGGCUGGUACGGUGCAGUGGUCAGGGUUAGGCUGAGCCAUGGGUUCAAAUGCGUCUUUAGCCACAACGCUUCGUGUGGACUUGUCACUUUCUUUUUUCAACCUACAACUCUACUGAGAUCAAUUAAUAUCUCUGCUGCUGUGUACAGUACUGGUUGACAGGACUGGCUUUGUGUAGGAAUUCAUAGGAAUAUUGCAAGAAUGAGACAAAGUCUAGUAUGCAAGCUGUGGGGGAUGGGUGGGUGGAAAGGACAUAAAAGGGUCUGGAUAUAUGUAACCUGGAUACCAGAUUAGAAUUGCUAAUGGAAGCGCAUGCUGAUUAAAGUUAACAUAUAUGUUGGAAAGGCUAUUGGAGAAUGUGAGCUCUGUUAUACACAGGACAAGAAGCAACUUAUGGGUAGGCUCAAUGUUGGGAUGUAAGGGCCUUUAGAAUCAAUGGAAUAAGCUGUCUGAAAAGGUUGUGUUUUUCCAGGAAAGAAGGGAGAGGUAUUUAUUGGGGCUUCUUCUGCACUCCCCAGAAUCCUGCCUUUUUGAGGUCAAUAAGCUGCAUCUGUAAGACACUGGGUUGGACCUAGCACUUCCCUGCAAGAUUAGAGUUUUCCCAAGGGGAAAUCAAUAGGGUCCUUGGGCACUUCCAGAUACAUUUUGUUGAGUAAUCAAUGUGAAGUGUUGGUCUUAGUUGUUGUGUGGGAUCCAUUAGUGGUCUUUCACAUUUAUUAUGAUAAAGAGUGUUAAGUGAAAUUUGGUCGUCCAAAAGUUGCAAGCACCUAUUGUAAAGGUGGGGAACCUUUGAGCCUUCAGGUGUUGAUGAAGUACAACUCCCAUCCGCCAUAUCAGGCAUGGCCAGAGACUUAUCAGUGUUUCAGUUCAGCAGUAUCUAGAGGGUCAAAGGUUCCCCAUACCUGAUCUGUUGGAGACAGAUCUGUUGGAGACAGACAUCUGAGAUGUCACUGGUUCCACUAAAGGUUGAAUAUGCAGGUCCAGGAAAGCUAGAUGGUGCUUUCAGGAUUUCACUCUCCACCUCCCUGCAAAAAAAACUCCAUGUUUGACAGUGAUUGGAGUAGCAGAGAAACAGCAAGAGAGAAUGUGGAGGGUAGGGCUUAGAUUGCCAGUAGCAGGCAAUUGACCCUGGCAUGGUGGCUAUAACAACAAGCUGCAUUCCUUCCCCCCUCCAUGACUUUUCAUGGACUUGAAACUUUUCCUUUAUAAAAAGAAAAGGGGAUGCAAGGAUUCUGGAGAUGCCAAACUCAGUGCAGACUUGAGUAAUCGGUCUGUAGACAUGCAGAAAUAAACAUAGACCUGAUCUUUUGUCCAUAGCAUGUUACCUAGGGAAAGAUUUCUUCACAAGCACCUAGGUGACUGAUUGCAAAACCAAAAUGCAGCUUUUGGACAUUCUUGGAUAAGAACGCAAGUAAUUCAAAAGAAAUAGUUAAUGGCGCUCAGUCUUUCAUUUCCCCAGCAGCGGGGGACCCUGAAGGGUACACCAUUUACAGGCAACAGUGGAGCACAAUGCGCUUUAAAAGGUUCCUCUCGGCAUGUUGGAAAUAUUAAGACAGGAAAAGAAAAUAAGUGUCCCCCCCAGCCCCUCCCCAAAUAAAGCCUACCAACUCUCACCUUUCUGCAUAUACAGGGGAAAAUAAUUCAUUGCCAGCCACCACCUGGCUUAAAAAUCACUUCGCAGCAGGAGCUAAAAUUAAAUCUGCCACUCUGAAAAAACAUUUCAUGUUUGGCAGAGAAAGGAAACAGCAACAUUGAUGUGUCCAGUUUGAAAUAAACAAAACAAGAAUUGGAGGAAUUUCACAUUGCUUUGUUAAUAAUUUGACGGUAGUUAAUAGCAUAGUUAAUCUGUCGCCCAUUGCGAUGGCUGGAAGUUACAAUGAACUUGGCAGGUGAAAUGCAGAAUCCUCCCAUCCAGCCACAAAACAGCAUCGUAUCUUGGUUGGUUUAAUGGCUUGGUGGUGCAAGUUGCUCACUUAACAUGGCCUUUGUGUCUUCCACCUGGGCUCAGCUGGCUGACGUCAAUUCUGCUUCCUCCUGCUCAGCCUUCGUUUUUUGUUGUGUACAACAUGGUGACCACCGAGGUGAUUGCUGUAUUUGAGAACACGUCGGACGAGCUGCUGGAACUCUUCGAGAACUUCUGCGACCUUUUCCGGAAUGCCACACUGCACAGCGAGGCGGUCCAGUUCCCCUGCUCGGCCUCAAGCAACAAUUUCGCCAGGCAGAUCCAACGCCGGUGAGCCCUUUGGACCGUGCAUGGUUGCCCAGUCAGUUUGCAAAGCCAGUGAAGCUGGAGAGGCGAAAAACUGGCUUCAUAUCGAGCUCUCUGGUUAAACUAAAUUUAUUGCUAUAGUGCCAUUGGUGUACAUGGGUAUAAUAGGAAUGAUAAUGAUGACAGCAAGCAUUUAUGUAGUUCUGGGAUAACCAACAUAGUGCCCCCCAGAUGUUGCUGGACUUCAGCUCCCAUUACCCCAGCUAAUGUGGCCAGUGGUCAGGGAGAAUGGGAGUUGUAGUCUGUCAGCACUUUAGAUACCCUCAUUGUAGUGCUUUAACAUGUUCCAAGUGCUUUACAUACAUUAUCAGUCAUCCUUAAACAGCCUUAUAGGGUAAGCCAGUAGUUUUGUCCUCAUAUUGUGGAAAGUGAGGCUGGGGGUACUGGGUUACCUAAGGCCAGCUUGUAAGUUCAUAGCAGAGGCAAGGGUUUGUUCGUUGUUGUUUUUUACUAGACUGAGGUCCCUCAACCAGAACCAUAGUGUGUACAACGGGAGUGGAGCCAUGGGCAAAUGGUGGCCUAGGUUGGAGCGGAUUACCUCCUGUACCCCAAGAGGCAAAUAUUGGGAUAACAUGCAUAUGCAACUGAAAAUUACUUACUAAUUACUUAUUAAUUGUAGCACAAAAACACUGUUUCAUGCUGCAGUAGCCACCUGACUGGAUAACUGUAACACACACUACUUGGGGCUGUUCUUGAAGACUGUCUGGAAACUGCAGCUCAUCCAGAAUGUAGCUGGCUGAGUGGCACAACCCAUUGGGACCACAUAGCACUAGUUCCAAAGAACCUGAACAGGUUGCCUGUGUGUUUCUGAGCUCAGUUCACAGUGUUAACAUUGACACAGGACCCCCUGAAUGACUUGGGCCACAGUACCUUUAUCUGUACCAACCUGUCCAGGCUUAAAGGUCAGCAUGGCAGGCCCUCUUGUGGUUGCACUGCCAGGUGAAGUGGAAGGUGUGGUGAUGUGGGAAAUGGUCUUCUCUGUGGUGCAUCCCUGCCUCUGGAAUGCCCUCCCCACGAAGAUGCAUCUGGUGCCAACUCUACCUGGCUUUAGUGCCAGUUUAAGAUUAAUCUUUUUAUUCACGCUUUUGGAUGAGUUGUGGCCUGUUGCUGAUUAUAUGUUUCACCUGCUGCCUUUUACAUUGUAUAUGAAUUACUUUUAAAAGGUUCGUUUUAUGCUUAGUGAACCUUCCUCAAGUAUCCAAACUUGACUCUGCCUUCAGCAAGACUGCAGAGUAAUCCUCUGACUCUUGUAUGUUACCAUCAUAGGUGCAGGGCCCCAUUUUUGCUAGCUCUUAGGAUUUCUUUAAAAACUGCCUUGGUUUGCAUGUGUUACUUUAAUGGAAUCUGCAAAAGAAUAUAUUAAAGGUUGCUUCUCCUUUCAACAAUGUGCAGUGGCUGUGCUGCUUUUUUUAAUGUACUUUUAUCUUGUUGUGAAGAAGCAAAAUAAAAAGGCACCUAAAUUGAAUGCAAGUGCCUUUAAUUGAUUGACUCAUGCGGUAGCAUCAGGACACCUCCUUCCACAUUGAUUUUAUCUGCUGGGGUCCCUCCCUGGAGACAUCUGCUUUGACAUGGAACCUCAGGUCUGUUGCAGAGGAUUUUGGACAGUGCUCUAGGACUCCCACUCAGUUUGUUUGGUGUCCUGCCUGAACAUGUUGAGUCUUACUGUUGCCCUGUGUAAAGUGAGUCUGCACCUUAGAACUUGGCCAGAGUAGUACACCAGUGGCUAGCUGUUGCUGGGGAACGAUCUGUAAGGAUAGGCUCACUGUCUUUCAGGGAAGCUUCUCCUCUAUCACUCAUCUUCUCACUGAGGACCCCAUAAUGUGCUUCCAGCGAACGAGCACACUUUGAACACAGUUUCACCAAACAAUUGCUGCUUAGAAUGCAGGUUGUUUGUCAGCAAAAAGAUACUGUGUAACUCUGGAGUGGGGAAUCCUUGGCUCACCAGAUGUUGUUGGAUUACAUCUUCCAUCAUCCCUGACCAUUGGCUUUGCUGACUGGGGCUGCUGGGACUUGGGAGUCUAACAGCAUCUAGAGGGUCAAAGGGUCCCCAACUCCAGCUAUACAGUCGUACCUUUGUUCUCGAACGGCUUAGUUGCCGAACAAAUUGGCUCCCGAACGCCGCAAACCUGGAAGUAAGUGUUCCGGUUUGGAAACAUUUUUUGGAAGCUGAACGUCUGGCGCAUCUUCCACUUGAGUGCAAGACGCUUCUGCAGCCAAUUGGAAGCUGCGCCUUGGUUUUUGAACCAUUUCGGGUGUCGAACGGACUCCCAGAAAGGAUUCAGUUCAACAACCAAGGUACCACUGUAACUGGCAUAUGAAACUGCUAGCUUUUCACACACACACACCCGCCAAAAAAGAAACCCUUGAAAUUGCAGUAGCCCUUGAAAUUGCAGUAGAAGUGCUGGGAAUUGUGGCUCAGCAAGGGGUCUUCUAUAAACUCUAAGCCAGUGGUCAGCAACCUAAGGGCCAUAGGCCAGAAGUGGCCCACGGAGGUCGUUUGACUGGCCCCGAGCCGCCUCUGAACCGAGCUGCCUGCUCAUGUGCUGCACUAAAGCAGCACGGCGCAGGAACUCACUUCUGCGGCACCCAAAAUUGCGUCUGCACAGACGCAGAUGCCAAAAAUUGCAUCUGUGCACAUGCAGACACUGAAAAUCGUGCGCGUGCGAUCUGGCCCACAGAGGGAUCUCCGCGGGACCGAUUCGGUCCAGGCAAGAUAAACCUUGCUGACCCCUGCUCUAAGCACUCUGAAGAAACUGCAGUCCCCAGGAUUCUUUGGGGGAAGCCAGGGCUGUCAAAGGGGCCUCAUAUUUCUUUAAAUGUAUGGUUUGGAUGCGACAGUGCUCUGUACAGCAACUUUCUAAUGCCUUGGUCAGAGUUUCUUCCCAUUGCUGCUUCCUCAGAUAUUUUUAGCUUGACGUGGCAGGGAUGUGCUCCAUUGAAACAUGGAUCCCUCCCUUCCUUUUGUAUCUUUCUAUCUCUGCUUCUUCCAAGGCUAAGACUUAGCGUUGUGGGUGGUGGUGAUUUUUGUUUCGUGCCUUUCAUCUCUAUACCGCCAACCUGCCUGUUGCCUUCAGAUUCAAGGACACCAUUGUGAAUGCAAAGUACGGUGGGCACACGGAAGCCGUGCGGCGGCUGCUGGGGCAGCUUCCCAUCAGCGCUCAGUCCUACAGUGGCAGCCCCUACCUCGACCUCUCCCUCUUCAGUUACGACGACAAGUGGGUGUCUGUCAUGGAGCGCCCCAAGACGUGUGGGGACCACCCUAUCAGGUAUGUGGCGUGCCCCCGUGAUGGUCCAUGUUUAGGUCUAGUACACAAGACCUUUGUAUAUCUAGCACAUUGUGAAGGGGAAGGCUGGCUGCUGGCUUACAUGAGCCUUAGUCUGAUCUAGCUUUCACUGUUCUUACAUUCGGAUGUUGCUUGUUGUGAUGCUGCUAGGUGUCUUCUAAGAACCAUUGUUACCCAUGCCAGCAUUGAUUCCCUCCUCUUACCCAGACUCUCUUGGGUGGGUAGGAUAAUGUUUUUUGGGGCUACAUUACCAUGGUGGAAAGUUGCCCGGGGCCACAUUCCCAAAGUGAGCAGGGUCAAACCCACACAUAAACACUCCCUUAACACACACAGAAUUAUGCGCCAACAUACCCGCAAAGCUAUUUCCCAUGGAAACAGAGGCAUCCUUAGAAAAGCCACUUGUUUCACCUUCCAUUUUUCUUCAUAGAUUUUAUUUUUUGUAAUGCUUGAAAAGAGAGUUUUCCAGCACCCUCUAUGCAAAAGGAAAAUCAGCAACCACCACUCAGUCAUCUCAGCAGAAGCAUGUAAAUAAAGUCAACGAGCAGCUGAACUGCAAGCUCUGCCUUGCAGCUCCUUAAAUUUUCAGAUUUAAAAAAUGCAAUUGCAUCCCCAAAACUUCAUGCAUGCAGUUGCAAAAUGCAUAGGCUACUUUUUGCAUAUUUGCCGGGAUCACAGGUCUACUGAGACAUUUCCCACUCAAAUGCCUUACAUAGGACAUCAAAGCCCUUUCUGCUCCCCUGGACAACUGGGCCCCCCAGAGGGCAAUAUGAAAUUUUGGCCAGAUGUGACCUGCAUACAGGAGUUCCCAUGUCCCCAACCACACUCUGUGAUCUGGAGAGGUGGAUAGUGGUUUGAAAGCCAUCCAAUGAAUUUUUGGGGAAUUUUUAUCAAAUUGAUUUCCUUCCUGCUCACGAUAUGGUAGUGCCUCCUUUGCUCUCUCUGCAGUUUUGGGGGAGUGUUUGAACCAUCUAACCCUGUUCAGUGUGCCUCCCAGUCAUAAGAGCACUUCAUGUAUAUGAGUCAUCCCAUCUUACUUUUCAGCUUGUUUUUCUGCUGCUGUCCUUGAUGCUAUAGGAAGGCUCCACUGGGCUGUAGGUGGCAACAGAUUUUUUCUCCCGACAAAAUGCAGAUAUUCUCACUAAUGAGCUUCUGUAAACAAAGCAGUUAGCCAUUUUCACGUAGUUUGUCAGCUGGUGUUGUUCAGGGCUAGAGGCAAUAUGUAGCAUUUUGGAGCUCUUGAGUGGUUCUUGUGUCUUCGGGAGUUGCUGACCACACAGAAGAACCUUCAGUUGGAGGGGCAGAGAGAGGACAGAAAAAUGCACCCUCAGUCUUUGAGAGACUUGCCUAACCAAGCUAGUUUGUUGCCUGAGACAGAAUUUACAAAUGGGGUGCUCUCAGUAGUAAUGAUCAAUUGCUACAUAAUUGGUAUUGCUGCCCUUUCACGGUACCCCAAAAUCAGCUGACUUGGCUGAUGCCUCUAAAUUAGGAGGAUUUGCUUGCGGAUUUCCCUUAAAUUAACACCUGUGAACACAUGACAGAUCCAGCUAGCCCAGAAUAGUCUACACAGACUGAGAAUGGCUCUCCAGACGUCUCUCGCAGAGGUCUUUCCUACCUUUGUAACCUGGAGGUGCUGGUGAUUGAACUUGAGAAGCCUGUCUGCUACUCCUGAGCUAUGGAGUUGCUUUAUUCUCACCUAGCCCAGUACUGCCUGUUCUUACUGGCUUCAGCUCUCCCUAGAUCCUGGAGGUCCUGCUAAAGAAACAUUUCGACGAUAGAGAUUCUAGAGAUUAAACCUGGGACCUUCUGGUCCUCAGGGAGUUAUACAGGCAGGAAGAGCGACUUGCCAAAACUGAAGGGGAUGUAUAAUACUUCUCAAGGCAUUCCUCUUUGGAGGGACGAUCCCAAAUGAAACAUGUUUGCAAAGAGGAUGAAUUCCACCCUUUGAGCUUUAACUUGAGAAUCAAAGAUGUGCAUUCUAACGGAGCUUCAAGCGGGCGACGAAAAUUCCAGACACAUGACAUAGGAAGAGCCCAGCUGCAUCACACCAAAGGUCAUCUCACCAGGCAUCCUGUUUCCCCCCGGAGGCCAACCAAAUGCGUCCUGGGAGCCAGAAAAGUAGGGCCCAAAGGCAACAGCAGUCUUCAGGGGAGCUACUGUUGUGCUCUUGAGUGGGUGAGAAACUGACAUAAAAAGAGCCCUGCUCAAUUGGGCCAAAGCCUAGUCCCGUUCAGCACCCAGUUCUCACAGUGGCCAACCAGAAGCCCAUGGGAAGCCCACAAGCAGGACCUGAGCAUCACAGCACUUUCCCCACUUAUGAUUCCCCGCAGCUCAGAGACAUUCUGCCUCCCACAGCAGAAGGAGAACAAAGCCAUCGUGGCUAGUGGACAUUGAUAGCCUUGUCCUCCAUGGAUUUGUCCAAUCUUCUUUUAAGGCCAUCCAAGUUGAUGGCCAUCAUAUGUUCUUGUGGGAACAAAUUCCUUAGUUUUAACUAUGCUGUAUGUGGGGAAACCCCCCCCCACACUUUCUUUCACCUGACCUGCAUAUGCCAGCAUUCACUUUUGUUGGAUAUCGCCGAGAUCUAGUUAUGAGAGAGAGAGAAACUUAUCCCUGGCCACUUUCAGCUUGCCUGAAUCUAUUCUUUUCUCUUUUGCACGCUCUUGAUGCUGGUGGGCUGUGAUGACAACAUCACCACUGUGCCAAAGUCAACCUUUUGCCUUCAGCUGUGCCAUCUCGGUCCCUUCACAGGGGCCAGUUAAUCAAAUUAACAGGCUGGCAGCUUUGUACCCUCUCCCAUCACACACUCUCCUCCUGCCUGCCCCCCCUCCACAAAGAGAAUUGCUGCUGUUCUUGCUCUUCUGCAUUGUGGGAUUGCUCCAUGCCACACGUCAACUGUGCCUUGGGUUUCUCCCCCUGCCCUCCCACGAGCACACAGUGUUUCUCCUCCUAUACCAGGCUGCAGCUGGCAGAACGACCACUUUUUGCUUCUUCUAACACCUGUGCCAGGUGGUGGGAUGACUGGAGAGAUUCUGGCCCCUCCCAGACUGCCCCGCUUGAAGUGUUGUUUUUCAGGAGUUCCCUAGCUCAAGGAUGAGGCUUUGAGUUGGGGGAGGCAUGGAGGGAAUAGGGGCACAAGCAAUGGUGUGACUUCCCCGUCUUCAGCCACUGUCGCCGUUAGAAAGCUUGGGAGACGUAAAGGAAAGUUUAAUAGGCAACCUACUUGGGAGAAUUUCUUUUAAGAAGCAAAACAACUUUCCAUUUUCAUAACAAUUGGCUUGGGGGUGGGGUGGGGGAGAUGCUCAUUAUUACUGUUCUUAUUGACACGCAUCUUGCAUUUCAGCUUCUAAUUUAACCACCGCAUGUGAGUCUGUGGAAAUGGCCUCUGAUUGCAGAGCACUCUUCAAAAAUAGAUUUAAAAAUACGGAGCCCAUCUUGGAGAUUACAGGGCGUUCUUCUUGAGUAUGGUAAAUUGCCCUGAAUUGGAAUGAGAGGAGCAGGCAGCAGACCCAUGCUUUACAUGGGAGGGGGGGUGGAAACAACACUAGCUCCACUUCCUUUUCUCUUCUCCCUCCCCCCCUCUCUCUCCCCACCACCCCCAGUUCAGAAGGCUGCUCCUGUGGAGGAGGAAACCCUUUAAAAAGCCAGCUAUCAAGAUUGUUGCUUUUCCACCCAGUCUGUUUCCUUUAAUUGUCAGGCUAGCUGGGGCUUUCAAGAGGAGACACAGAGAGAACGAACAAUGGCAAUGCAGAGAGAAUGUGAGGAAUUCAGCUGGCUGCCUUAUCCAAACCUGGAGGGGUGUCUACCUAUUGAAAGAGCAUCCUUGGUCCCAUUCAGUAGCUGAAGUGGUUGGCCCAGGAGCCAACAUCCUGCUGGGGGAAGCACUUGGCGUCCGCUUCUAUAGGAGGGAGACAUGUUGAGCUGAAAGCAGGGAGAGAAGCAACUCGUUGCAGUUGCAGCUGCAACUCCCCCAGGACACGGUUGGCCUGUGCCUUUUGCUUAUAUUGUGCAGCUGCAAUUUUCAAACUUUCUACCUUUGGGGAGCACUUUCUGCACUGAUUUCAUCUGCCAAGGAAUAAACCGCAGCGUCUGCCGCAGAAACCCAGCUCUUCCUUUCUUUGGUUUCUUUUAUGAAUUGCUUCCUGUAAUGUGCCUCGAAGCAGUUUCACAGUAAAAAACAGCAACAAUUAAAACAAUUCCAUACAUGGCCCGUGGGGCAGGGCGGGGUGGGACAAAUCCAAUGCAGAUACAGCCUGGGAUAAAGACAUCACUUCGAAGAUUUGUUGAGAAAGGAAGGUCUCCACUAGGGGCCAAAAAGGCAACUGAGAUGGGUGCCUGCCUGCUUUGUAGCAGGAGGCAGUUCCAGAGGUUAGGUGCCACCAUACUGAAGACCUAAUUCCUACAAGGUAUGGAAUGGACCGCCUUAUGAGACUCUAUCUGCAGGAGCCUCUCUUCUGCAUGUAACAGCAAUUGGUUGGUAAUAUAAGGGCAGAGAUGACCCUUUAAGAGCAUUAUUUUAUAGAGCAUUCUUGGGCAUGUUCUAGGGACAGGCUUCUCCUUCUCCAGGAAUCUUGUUUCAUCAAACCUGCUUCAAAAGCAUCUAAUCUCAUAGAAUUGGAGGAAGCUGCCUUAUCCAAGCAGACAAUUUAGCUCAGCAUUGCCUACGGCACUGACCAGCAGUGGUUCUCCAGGGUUUCAGGCUGGGAAUUGAACCUAGGACUCUCUCUGUGCUUUGUUACCCUUCCCAUUGUAGUUAUUGCCACAUCUUCUGGCAUAAUCAUAAGUGGGACCUUCUACAGCAUGUUUCAGUGUAGAGUGCCAUGCCUUUUUCUAGAUUCCUCCACCCACUCGCUCUGGUUUUCUGUCCCAUCCUGCCUCUCACCCACACAACCCCAAAUCAGACAGCAUUCUGUGUCUACUGAGUUUGCUCAGUUCUUAUUGAGUCGUUUCAAGGUUCUGCUUGUACGUUUCCCGUGGGCAUCAGGUUGGCAAGAUGGGCCUCUUAAUGCUGCUCUCAUUUCAAACAUGUUUGAAUGCCUGGCAACCAAGCAGCAAAGACUGUUACGCUCUGCAGACCAAGGAGCAAAAGGAUACAGAACUGCUAGCUGUCGGGAGGGGAGCAUCAAUCUGCGCUCGCCCUGCUGCAGCCCGUCUUUAUGGUCUCAUUCAUCAUAGGUUUCCACCAUUUCAUGGGCCGUUCACUAGCUAGCCCAUAAUGUGCUUUAGGCCCCUUACAGUUCAUUUUAUGAAAAGCUGGCCUUGACUUCUUCCAAACUGCAUUUAUGAGAACUUUCUCACAAUUCUGUCGUAAUGCCCGCUUUUUCUUUUUCUCACUAGUCAAAACAACAUGGCAUCUUUCUUUGCCUGCUCAGUCACAGUAUAUUUCCUCUUACUCAGUUAAGACUGGCCUACGAGCAUCAUUGUCUGUUUGUCUGUCUCCCUUGCAGGUUCUAUGCCCGAGAUUCUGGGCUUCUAAAGUUUGAAAUCCAAGCGGGACUCCUGGGCCGGCCCAUCAAUCACACCGUCCGACGCCUGGUUGCUUUCACCUUCCACCCUUUCGAGCCCUUUGCUAUUUCGGUGCAGCGGACUAAUGCAGAAUAUGUUGUAAACUUCCAUAUGAGACACAGCUGCACGUAGCACGCUUUCCCCUUAUGGUCGCCAUGGGCACUGAGUGUACGCAUUUUUUCAGAGGCACACCAAAGCUGAACAUUCAUGCUCUAGGAAACCAAACAGCUUUAGAGGAGUGAUGUGCAUCUCAUCUAACAGUGUGCGGCUUUGAUGCAUUGCCUGAGUACAGAUGAAGUCAUAGUUUUCCUCAUGUUUCUCAGACUUUCAGCCCUUCUGCCAUUCUCAAUAAGCAAACAGAUUAUAUUGCAAAUUACUCCUGCUCCAAUAAUGCCUCGCAUUGUUUUGUUUUUUAAAAAGAUUGGCAUUGCUACGUGAGCAAAAUACAACAGAGGAACCAUUUCCUUUUAACACCAAAGAUUUUAGUCUUUCCUUCUCUCCCUCUUCCCGCACUGCAGUCUUGUAACAGUGGGAUCAGAGUUCAUCGCUUCAGAGUAGAGGUGUAAAAUUUAUGGAAAUGUUAAAGCUCUGGAAAAAUGUAAUGUGUGUGUUGUUUUUCAGGGAGAGGGUGGCGUAAUUUUUGAGGACAUUUGAAAUAUAUGCAAUAUUUAUUUUCUUAUGAAACCCAAAUGUAUUUUUACUGCUUUAACAACAUAAAAUGCAUAAUUUGUAACUUGGCACACAAAAUUAUAUCAUGUGGCGUAUUUAUGAAAUUGAUAGGACAGCCCUAUGCAUAUUUACUCAGAAGUAUAUGUCCCACUCUUUAGUGAUGCUAACUCCCAGCUAAACAAAGCGUGGGAUUGCAGACUCAAAAGUAUAAAAAUGCCUUAGUUUUGUGCAAGCAAAGUUGCAAAUAUACCCAAUUCUAGAGAGAGAUGCAAACUGCUGUACAUGUAUCUUACUUUUUUGCCACCUGAGAAGUGGGGGGGGGGGGGAAUAAAAGUUGAAAAUAAGAACCACAAAUUUUGUAGUAAAGUAAACAAAAUAAAGUGUAUGGUCCUCUCAUGAAGAUAGCAGCACCCUCUAGGUGCAGAAAUGCUUCUGGAUUUGAGUGUUGUCAUUUAUCACUACAGUAUAUGUUAGGUUUGGACUACAACUCCCAUCAACCCUGACCAUUGCCAGUGCCAGCUAGGGGUGCUGAGAGUCUGAAGGCCCACAAAUUUCCCAUCCCUGCUGUAGAUUGGCUUACACAUAAAUAUUUAAAACCUUGCCUUAAAAAGCAUUUCAUCAAUUUUUUUUUAAAAAAAACACAUUUCAAUGGAGCUGCUUUUCAGGUUUCCUCAAAAUGUCCAUUUCUUCUGUGUGAAAAAAUAAGUUCUCAAGGGAGAAAAAAUCCCUGUUCUCCUUCUUCCCAUCCCACUCCAAUAUUUCCAUUCUCCCCCUUGUUUUUCCUCAGUCUUCACAUCUCUAGGGUCUUUCUACUCUAGUCAAGAAUUUAUUUGUUUUUCAGAAAGAAAGGAGAGAGAGAAGUUUGCUUUUUAUCUUCCUGCUACCCACGCUCUGUUCUCCCUUUGCCAUAAUGCUGCCUAAAUCUGCCCACCCAAAGGGAGUAAACAAGGAGUAUUCUCUUUGCAAGCCAGUUUGUGGUAUCCCCCCCCCACACAAUUAAAUAGUAUAUAAUAUUUUUGGAAGUAAAACAUUAAAGGAGAGGGACAUGCCUUGCGGUGCUGAGGUGGGAUUUAAUUUUGCAGAUAACUGGAAACGCAAAAGGUAGGCCUUUCCAUGUUGUUUCAGCUGCAUAGUGGCACAAAGGGAUGGCCUUGUUAACUUGCGCUGGUCACUGGAGACCACAGUACAGAUAUGGCCCAGCCUGAUCCAUUGGUCAAGACAAAGAGCCAUCUUCCCUCCAGCCACAUUGAAUGAUCGGCACAUUUUUGGACACCCACCCAAAAUUCACAGCUCCGUAAUUUAGGUCUCGGUCCAGCUGUCUGAGGAUCAGCUUGGUUGUAUCUUGUCAGUUCUCAUCAGGAAGGAAAGCCUUUAACAGAGUAUCUUUUGGGGGCAUUCCCAAUGGAGGGGAAAGCACUGUGCAUCUCAGUCUCUCAUUGCACUUUCCCACUGCUGUGAGUAGGUGCAACAACUGUGCACAUUUGGACCUUGGGAGCUCUGGGUGAAUUCCCAUGAGAUCUAAAUGAGCAUCACUGAGCAAUAUCUUAACUCUGACCUAGGAACUUGCCUUGUACCAAGUCAGACCAUUGGUCCACCUAGCCGAGUAUUGUCCACAGUGACAGACAGUGGUUCUGCUUGGUGUCAGGCAGGGUUCUCUCCCAGGCUGACCUGGAUAUGCUUUCAAUUGAACCUGGGACCUUCUGCAUGCUAAGGUGAUGCUCUGCCACUGAGCUACGACUCUUAUUUGCAAUAGGUUACUUUUUGCUGUCUUGGUCCUGGAAGGUCCUUUUGAGCAGGAUCACCUCCCUCGUUCACUGUUCGUUCAAUCUCGCUCUGUUCAGCCUGAAAGCUGUUUAGCUUUAGAAGAUUCUCUUUGCUUCUGUGGAACAAAGUGACUUGCAAUCGACAUCCUUGGGCCUUAGUUUCCGGAGACAAAGAAUGAAUGUGUCUAGCAUCCCUGUUUUCAGAAGCCCACAAGCCGGACCUGAGCACAACAGCACUCGGCAGUAUUCAGAGGCAUACUGCCUCCAGCGGCGGAGGUAGAACAUUUUGGCUAGCAACCAUUGAUAGAUUGAAAAGUGCUGCAAAUAAGACAUGGCAUAGCUCAGUUGGUAGAGCAUGAGACUCUUGAUCUCAAGGUCGUGGGUUCGAACCCCACAUUGAGCAAAAGAUUCCUGCAUUGCAGGGGGUUGGACUAGAUGACCCUUGUGGUGCCUUCCAACUCUGAUCCUGUGUUCACAGCUAUGAAGUAUUGGGAGUGUGUGCUAAAGGGAGGUGGGCAUCACAGUGCAGCAGGGCAGAGCCUAUCACUGUAUUAUCUGCAACAAUGUAUGUUCUUCCUCCCCUUUGAUGUUUUUAGGAAACCCAAACGGAUAAUAUUUACACCUGAUAUUUUUGUUUCCACCAGGGAUAGGGUGUGAAUUUGUUACCUGUGCAACGUUAAAAGCAAAAUAAACUGGAAUUCUAUUUUUGAAUACGG